AUGGCAGCCGUACACGCAGGUCCCGACGACUCUUGGCAUGGGGUCAUCAAAUCAGAGACCCAAUUCCCUCCCGUAGCUGGUCGCUACCACCUAUACGUGGGGCUCUUCUGUCCAUUCGCCCACCGAGUCCUCCUCGUGCGGUCCCUCAGGGGAUUGGAAUCGCUUAUUGAUAUGUCGGUCGUGAUGCCGUAUCCAAAAGGCGAUGAUCGCGGAUGGCCGGGUUGGCGAUUUCCCGCUUCCAACGAUGAGUAUCCCGGGGCGACUGUGGACAAGCUGUUUGCGUCCGACUACCUGCACAAACUCUAUUUCAAGGCGGACCCGGAGUACAAGGGAAGAUACAGCGUCCCGGUGCUUUGGGACAUGAAAGAGGGGACCAUUGUGAACAACGAAAGCGCAGAGCUGCUGCGCUGGCUACCAACUGCCUUUGAUGAUGUACUCCCUCGAGAGGGAUCGGCGGCUCAACUCGACCUGUAUCCGACGCAUCUAAGAAGCGAGAUCGACGCAAUCACAGAAUGGAUGCAGAGGGACCUCAACUCGGGCGUCUACAAGGCUGGAUUUGCGGAAACCCAGGAGGCCUACAACGAGGGCGUAGUGAUUGUCUUCGCUGCGUUAAACCACCUCGAAAGCCUCAUCUACCGCAAUGGAGGGCCGUAUAUACUGGGCAAACAUCUCACAGAACUCGACAUCCGGGCGUACACAACGGUCAUUAGGUUCGACGUGGUCUAUGUACAGCACUUCAAAUGCAACCUGGGAACAAUUCGUGCCAAUUACCCUGUUAUUCACGGGUGGCUGAAGAAUCUUUACUGGAAUGUCAAGGGGUUCAAAGAGACGACGAAUUUCAAGCACAUCAAAGAAAACUAUACAAAGAGCCAUGCAAAGAUCAACCCGCUAGCAAUCACUCCCAUGGGGCCAUUCCCAGACGUGGAAGAAGGCGUUGACUUGAACUUCGCCAAGAUCAAGCCUGGUUCUGUGAGGUAUCCAGUUGUGCUUGAGAAGCAGGCCGAGCUAUAUCAUUAG